CUUUUUUGGGUGGAAGCCAAUGCGGUGAAUUUAUAAUGACUAACACCAGACAUGACCUUCUUCUCGAACCUCUCCGCUUGUCAUCUAUUGAUUCGUCAAGAACCUAAACAAAUAAGGACGACAUCUCAAGAAAAUCUCCAUUUCAGCAAAUUCUUUAUUUUCCAUCUGCAAUCCGUAUUUACAAAAUUGAGAUAACCUGUAUAAAAAAAAAUGGGGAAGAAAUCUUCUUCAUCGUCCGUAAACGGAUGGAGAUAUCGUCAUCCGAGGAAUUACCUGAAGAACACGAAGCUACUGGUGCUUACCAUCGUCUCAUUGGUCGCCAUUACCUGCCUCGUCUUGGACCGUUACACUCUCACCAGAGAGCACCAGGUAGAGGUAUCGAGAUUGAAUCAGGAAUUGACAAACUUGCUCAAUCAGCUUGACAAUGUAAAAAAUCGUCUAAAAGGAUCGGGUGUAGACAUCCAGAUUAGGGCUAAAACUAGGGAAGUCACAGAGAAGGAGGUUGUUAAGGAUGAUCCACUUGAUAUUGAACGAAGAGAGAAAGUGAAAGACGCUAUGCUUCACGCAUGGACGUGUUAUGAAAAGUACGCUUGGGGUCAAGAUGAACUUCAGCCAGAAACAAAGAAUGGUGUCAAUAGCUUUGGUGGCCUUGGAGCAACUCUUAUAGAUUCUCUUGACACAUUAUUUAUAAUGGACCUCCACGAGCAAUUCCAAAGAGCCAGAGAGUGGGUUGCAAACUCGUUGGAUUUUAACCAAGAUUAUGAGGCUAGUGUUUUUGAGACAACUAUAAGAGUUUUAGGUGGGCUCCUUAGUGCAUAUGAUCUGUCUGGUGAUAAAAUCUUCCUUGAAAAGGCCAGAGACAUUGCAGAUAGGCUGCUGCCUGCAUGGAAUACACCAUCAGGAAUUCCCUAUAAUCGGAUUAACCUGGUGCAUGGGAAUGCACAUAACCCGAGGUGGACAAGGGGGAGCAGUAUUUUAGCAGAUUCUGGAACCGAACAACUUGAAUUUAUUGCUCUAUCACAGAGGACAGGAGACCCCAAGUACCAGCAGAAGGCAGAGAAUGUCAUCAAGGAACUCCAUAAAACAUUCCCUGUGGAUGGUCUGCUUCCUAUAUAUAUUAAUCCUCACACUGGAGUGACGUCUCACUCAACAAUCACAUUUGGUGCCAUGGGUGAUAGCUUUUAUGAAUAUUUACUCAAGGUUUGGAUACAGGGGAAUAAAACAGAAGCUGUAAAGCAGUAUAGAGAAAUGUGGGAGGCAUCAAUGAGGGGUUUGCAAAGUUUGGUUCGUAGAACAACACCAUCCUCCUUUGCGUACCUAUGUGAAAAGACUGGAAAUUCACAUACGGACAAGAUGGAUGAGUUAGCAUGUUUUGUACCCGGGAUGUUGGUUUUAGGAUCUUCUGGUUAUGGCCCUGUGGAAGCUGCAAAAUACUUAUCGUUGGCAGAAGAGCUUGCAUGGACUUGUUAUAACUUCUAUCUGUCAACACCUACAAAACUGGCUGGAGAGAAUUAUUUCUUUCGUGCUGGACAGGACAUGAGUCUUGGCACAUCCUGGAAUAUUUUGAGGCCUGAGACAGUGGAGUCCCUCUUUUACCUCUGGCGUUUCACUGGGAAUAAGACAUACCAAGAAUGGGGCUGGAAUAUUUUCCAAGCAUUUGAAAGGAAUUCCCGUUUGGAGACAGGAUACGUGGGGCUUAAAGAUGUGACAACUGGUGUCAGAGACAAUAUGAUGCAGAGCUUCUUCCUAGCCGAGACUCUCAAAUAUCUCUACCUCUUAUUUUCACCUCCAUCUCUCAUCUCUUUGGAUGAAUGGGUAUUUAAUACCGAAGCCCAUCCUCUGAGAAUUGUCACUCGAAAUCUUCACGAAAAAAAAUCUUUAGGCAGACUAAUAUAAAACCAUUGAGGAUGUGUGACGGAGGAAACAUGAGUCAGUGAGGGGGUCAUAGUUGACCUAAGUUCAACCCACCAAAUUUUUUGGGUUAAACGCACCAGGUACUCCCUUCUUAUUAUAUGUAGUUACCUAAAGUUUUAAGCCUUGAUUUGAUUUUCUUAGGUUUAGAGGUCCUUGUUCUUAGUGGUGAGUUCUGUUGCCAAGGACAAAAAGAACUUGUUCCAAAUAGUUUCAACUAAUUGAAGCCCAGAGAUAGGCACUGCUUUAGGUACACAAAAAAAGGCGCCAUAUUCAUCAGAUCCUUUACAGUAAACAAGCUGCAAUCCUUAACUGGAAGCACCUUGUUCUCAAUAAACUUAAAGGAACCCCAGCCAUUAACUUUGAUUUAGUCCUUUUAGAUUUUGAACCCUUUUAGAUAAAUAUAUGCUGAAUAUUAAUGAAUAAUCUUAUAGUGCAUUCAGCUGAAAUGCAGUUGUUUUGUUAUAUAGUGUGUAUGUUAGUAUUUAAUGAAUUUCAUGGAGGUGACUAGGAGAUAGAAAUAGAGGGUAACUGAAAUUGUUUAUUUGCUAUAUAUUAGCAGUUUUAACAUA